CACCACCCUAUAAAUUGCAAUCAUCACUUUAUCACAAUAAAACCCACAGACAACAACUCCUGUUCAUCAUCCUUGCGCCGGACAAAACCCCACCUGUUUCUUCCUUUCUCUCUCUAUAUGUAUCUGUAUAUAGAGUGAGAAAGAGAAAGAAGCACUAAAGUACCAUCAAUGGACCUUUGGAGUUCUUCUAAUCCUCCAAGAAACAGUGUCAUCUUUCUCGACGAUUUCUGCCACCACUUUUCUUUCUUUUCAUCUUCUUCAGCUCGCUCUUCGAUGUCUUUUGGGAUUAUUUCUAAUUUGAUGACCGCAUCAUCAUCGUCUUCAUCAAACCCUUCUUGUAACCCCAUUUGUACCCAUUUUACCGCUGAAGAAUACAAUUGAAUAGAUAAUCUUUUUUAUCAUCUUUUCUCUGUAUUUCACCACUUGUUUCCUGUAAAGUUUAAUCUCUUUCUACCUAAAGAAAUGAUGUUGCUUGCAUCACUAUCUGGGGUUUUUCGUCAUCAACAGAUGACUAGUUCUUCAAUUUUUCGGCCUCUUCUAAGGUCCGGAAUUGAUCGGAAUGCUGAUAAGAAAUCCAGGAACUUGGCCGAUUUCACUACUCCGACCACCGUGAUCAAGCAAAAGAGGAGGUGGUCGAGCUUAUCACCAAUGGCUGCAGCUGCUCCGGUGAAGACCGGUGGUUUUUCUUCUCCCAAGUUCUACCAGGAGGUUCUGAUCGCUGCAAGAGCAAAUUUUGCACAGGAGAUAUCUUUCCAGUCUAAAGACAAAGACAUAUCCCUUGCUAAGUCAUUGCUUCAUAUUUCUGCUGAAGACGAGGCGUUUAUUUCAUUCAAUCGCGAAAUGGAUGCACACUCAUUUGAAAAUGAACGAAAAGGUGGAAAAGUGUCACUUGAUGUUCAAGAUCCAAAUAAAAUAGACUCCAUGGUGAUGGAAGGAAAGAGAAUCGAAGAGUGGUUAUUAGAGUUGGAUGCCAUUGCUAAAGAGGUCGAGGUGGAACUAAUUUCAAGAGACAUAGGUUGCCAUUUGAUUGAAGUUUUGGAAGCUGUGAACAAAGUUCUUUUUGAGUCACGAGGCUUUAAAAGAUCACUUGUUGUCGAUUCCAAAUGUUCCUAUUUGCAUCAUGUGUUAAGCUCCAAAUGUGGUAGUGCAAUUUUGCUUAGUGUAAUCUACAUUGAGGUUUGUCGAAGACUAAAUUUGACUAUUGUUGGAUCCCGAGUUGGGGAAGACUUUUUAAUCUGGCCCCAAACAGGAAAUCCAGAGGAGCUUUUUAAGGUCAAAUCAGGGAACACUUUAUUUGGGAUUGUUAAUGGGCGAUGUGUUGAGAACCCAAGGUCAAAGGCAUCGGAUUUAAACAGCAAUUCACUUUUGGGCCUUGAUAUUGCUACAAAUCGGGAUAUUAUUGGGAUUUAUCUCGCUAAUUUAAUUAGGCUUCAUUGGAAACGUGCUUCAAGGAUGAAUCGUGGUUUAAUGUUGACUUCUCCACUUAGGCCGGUUGAUGAUGAAAAGACUGAUAGUUCGAGCAAACCCUUAUUACGUCCUCAAGAUCUUAGGUUUCAAGAUUGACAUGAGAAUUGAGAGGAGAAUUUGUUAAAUUGUGAUCAUUACCCAAUAAUCUCCCACUUUUUUUUUGACAAAUAUACAAAAAGGGUUAAUUGCAAUAAAUAACAACAUACUUUUGGAUCAUUCUAUUUAGGCAUUGUACUUUGGAAAUUUACCCAAUUAUAGCAAUAUUUUCCUAAUACAAAGGGAUUUUCACUGUUAUAAAUGGGUAGGUAUUUUCCAAGUAUAAUGUCUUAAAAAGAAAAAAAAUAAAAUUUGAAAGUACUAUGGCAUUACUAGGUACCUUUUCCAAAGUGAAAUGUAUUCUUAAAAAAAAUUAAAAUUAAAAUCUUUUAAUAGAAAUGAAUGAAAGUGUAUAAAAGAAAAUACGAGUUUUAAUAAGGAAUCCAAUCCAUCAAAAACAUGACAAGUGUCCAAGCUUUAAACUGAUUUAAGUGUGCUAAAUUAGACCAUGAAUGACACAUUUAAUGUUUGUAAAGCUGCUCGUGUAAAGAAUUUAUAUUGGCAUUUUUGUAGAAAAUAGACUUAAAAAACGGUGGAAAUAAUUUGGUUUUGAUUUCAUUGAUUAUGACAUGCAUAUCUACCAUAUUUUGACUGUUUUCAUUGCUUAGAAAAUAGAAAACUGUUUCUCCUCUUUCAGUUUCUAAGUCUAUUUUUAUAUAUUAUUAUAUAUUCUUUUGCAUUUAACCCUAAUACCUAUUCUAAUUUGUAUGACAUCUUCCACUUUCCGAUAAACUUACAACUUUUCCUCAAACAUUAAAUAUUUACAUUAUAAAUUUUAUUCUCGAAAUUACAACGUUACCAAUAUAAUAUUCAGUAAUUAAAUGUGCACAUUUUUAAGUUGUGUUUGUUACAUUGUAUAGGCCUAACAAAAUUUCUAGGAAUACUCUCAUUACUCUCAUCUCUUUUGCAUAGAAAAGAGAUCGAUAGUGAAUCCAUAUACCACCUUUGUAGGUGGGACAAAAUGCAACUUUUGUCCUAUUGACAUCAGUCUGAGUCCAAGUCCAGUGUAUACCAAACACAGUACAACCUGAUAUGUCUUGUCUUGUCUGGUCCUGAUGCGCAUAACAAGUGGACCUUAUGUUUUCUUUCUUGGGCUGGCUAUCAUGGCAUCCGAGAGAUUGCUUAUAUUGCAGCCACAUAAUUGGGCUUUGAGGAGAGAUCAUGGCAUGAUGUUGUAUUUCAGUAGGGAAUAUGGAGAGGCAGUUCAAGAACUAAGCAUUUGCAUGGCUUUUGCACCAGAAGAAGAGGCGGAAAUCUUGGAACCAUUUGUGGAGAAGUUGCAUUUGUUGAGGCUUGAAUCAUCUUGGAAAUCGUUGGGGCAAAAAGGUCAUUUGACAGUCACUUGAAAACGUUUCGUGUUGUUUGUUUGUGGAAUAUUUAUAGUCGUAUCUCUUUGACUUUUGAACAUUUUACUUAAGAAGUUAAAUCUUGUAGGUGUAGGC